GGGGCACUCCCUUUUUGAUAAGAACACAACUGAUUGCAACGAUUUGUAGUCUCAUAAUUCGCCAGUUUCUAUCGGAAUCUUCAUUGUUGCAGAUAAUCGGAAACAAAAUGAAAUCAAUUCUUGUGAUUGCUUUUAUAUUGAAAAUAUUAAUCUUCGAUAAUGCAGUUUAUGGCGCAGAUACCAAUUCCAGCAGCACCCCUCCCCAAGAGGAGUACUAUAAUCCCCAUGAAGAUGAGCAUCGUUUGAUUUUGUGGAAGAACUUAUUUCUAAAAGUGAAUACCCUGUUGGUGGAAACGCAAAAGUUGAACAGCAAUAUUGCAGAUAUGAAAACCCAAAUUGCUGAUAUGAAAACCCAUAUUGCCGAUGUGAACCAAAAAAUUGACGACUUAACAAAAAUCCAACAGCAACAAGGGAUUGAAAUAAAACAAAUAAUGAAUCAUUCCCAAGGGAUGCUUACUAGUCUGAGCAAGUGGACCGUGGAAACCAGUAAUGGGUUAUCUUCCUUGUCAAAUUCCACAUCGAAUUCUCCGCAAAGUUGGACAACAAUACUCAGGCGCAUGGAUGGCUCUGUUGAUUUUUACCGUAAUUGGACUGAAUACAAAACGGGAUUUGGAAAUCGUCCGAAUGGCGAAUUUUUCAUUGGUCUAGAAAAAUUGCAUCAAUUGACCACAUCCGCUGAGAACAUAGAACUUAAAAUAAUUUUAAGAGAUUGGGAAGGCGAAGAACGUUACGCUCUCUAUGAUGGCUUUCAAAUUGCCGAUGAAGGGCAAAACUAUAAAAUUACAAUACUGGGUGAUUAUAGUGGGAAUGCUGGAGAUGCCAUGGCAUAUCAUAGAGGCCAACAAUUCAGUACUAGGGACAAGGACAAUGAUAAUGGCUAUGUCAGUUGUGCUCAAAAGUGGAACGGCGCCUGGUGGUUUGAUAAAUGUUAUGACAGUCAUCUAACAGGUCCAUAUAAGCAAACGGAGGAAGCAUUUAACAUUGGUGUUGUCUGGUUAAACUGGAAAGGCUUUUACUAUUCAUUGAAAUAUGCCGAAAUGUUGAUACGUCCUAAAGUGAAGAAUUAAACUGCGGCACAGUUAUCUGAAGCAUGUUUGUCCUCAUUCAUCAAUUGUGUAGCUGGUUGUUUUGAAGGUUGUGUAAAUAUUUUCAAAGAACUACAAAAAUAUAUAUUUAAAUGGAACGAAAAGCAACAGAA